AUGAGUUCGCUCAGCAAGACAGCCAAGGAGGGUCGCGUGCGGGACUUUUCGAGCAUCACUGGAGCAUCUUCUGCCGAUGCGAACCGCUUCCUCAAAGCAUCAGCAUGGCGCUUGGAGGCCGCCAUCGACGCGUACUACAACCAGGCUAGUGCAGCGUCGGCGGCCAACCCUGCAGUCCUGCGGAAUCUUGAAGCGUUGUGGGCGCAGUAUCGAGAUCCAGCGUCACCUGAAGAGAUUGGGAUGGAUGGGACCACGCGGUAUUGCGAGGACUUGGGCGUCAGUCUCGAGGACGUCGUCUUUCUCGCUCUUGCGGAAUUCACUGGUGCGCCGUCAAUGGGGAAGUUCGCUAAGCAAACGUGGAUUCGAGCGUGGCAAGGUGUCGGCUGCGACACGCUUGAGCGGCAAAAGCGGCAUAUUGCAGACUUGCGCGCGCAGCUGUCAAACCCUGACGCCUUCCGCCGCAUCUACAUCUUCGCUUUCGAUUACGCCAAGGAGCCAGGGCAGAAGAGCCUGCACUUCGAGAUAGCUCAGGAGUUGUGGAAGCUCCUCGUACCUCUAGACCCUGCGUCAACUACCUUUUCGUCCGUAAAUCUCGCCGCCUGGAUCGACUUUCUGGCGUUCAAAGGUGGUCGCGCCGUCUCGAAGGAUACCUGGAAUCUGUUCCUCGACUUCGCACGAUCCAUCGACCCGGACUUCGGCAACUACGACGAGGAGGGUGACGGCAUGGCCUUCUCUCAUUGA